GCGCAAUAGACGUUGCGAUUGAGACGCUCAUAAACAAACUGCAACUAGGCACUGACAGUGACAGAAUAUAUAAAACUGCAGAAAAUGAAAUGACUGUAUUUUAAAAAUCUAAUGGUCGACUCAAAUGAAGAAUCAUCUGACUCUGAUUUAGAUGAUAUAAAUUGGUUUGCAAAGAAAAGAAAGCAAGGUGCUAAAUCCUCCUUUGAAAAUGCAAUAGAGCCCAGCUUUACAGAUAACAAACAUUCAGAAGAUACAGUUUCUGAAAAAAAUAAGAAAUUUGAAGAACUACAAAAGAAAGCAGAACAAAUAAGAUUACAUAGUGCUCGCAGACGUGAAAUAGCUGAAAAGAGGAGGGCUAAACAACUUAUUAAAAAAGCAUUACGAGACCCUCUUGUUAAACACCUAGUGGAAAAGGAAAAGUGUUCUUCGAAUAAUAACGAAGAAGCUUCUGAGAAAAAAGAACAAGAACAAUGGAAUGAAGUGAAACCUUAUCUUAAUAUAAAUAGCCACUUGCAAGGACCAGUAUCCCAUGGAGAUUGGGGACCAAAGAAUGAAAUAGAAACCAUGAUUAAUGAUGCUAUAAAAGAAGGAGAUUUUGAAAAAGCAGAACUUUUAAGUGACACAUUAGCAAAUAAGCAGUUUGCAGGAAAAAUUUGCAAAGCUUUUGCUGCAAAAAGGGAAUAUGAUGUAAUAGAAGAGCAAAAAUCUAUUGAGAAAGCUAAAAAGCCGAGGAAAAUUCGAUGGAUAUUUGAAGCUAAAGAAAAAUGGCAAAUGAAAGGAAAUAUGUAAGAGCAAACUUGAAAAAAAUCUCUUUAUUAUUGUUACAUAUAUGUAACAAAAUCACUGUACAUAGAAAAAUAAAUUGAUUUUUUAUUUUA